CAAUGUACUUGUCAGUGUCAAUUUGUUUUGACUUUUGCUAUUUUAAAAUAUUUACUAACAGCACAGAAAAACAUGAUUAUCUCUCUGUUAGAAAAACCAUACAUAAUUUAAUUUAAAAUUAGACGUGUAAGUAAGCGAACCUCAUGUUUCUGCGGAAAAGUACAACGUUGAAAUACCUCAUAACUGUGCCACUAGGAGUCAUAUUUUACUGCGAGUGGUUCGAUUACGUUAUACAGCCGCUGUUUUGGCCGGACUUUGCCUGUAAGAAUGAAGAGUCUUGUACGAAAAUACUUUUUAUAGCGGAUCCUCAAAUACAAGGGGACUUGGCCGUCCCACCGCCUUUAGGAUCACUUGUUAAUUGGGACAGCGACCGUUACCUGGCGUCUACAUUUUCAGUAGUCCUGAAACACUUCAAGCCCGAUGUGCUGGUGUAUCUGGGAGACCUGAUGGACGAAGGCUCAGUCUCAACCACAGCACAAUACCAUAGCUAUGUUAAGAGGCUCUCUAAUAUUUUUGAUGUCUAUUAUCCUGUUGUGCAAGUAUGGGUGCCAGGUGACAAUGACAUUGGUGGUGAAAAUGAACCAAUCAAUCAUAACAAGGUAGCAGAGUUCAGUAAGGUGUUUGACCAGCCAUCUGUGAUUACGUUCAGAAAUAUCACCUUCUACAAAAUCAACUCUAUAAUGUAUAAAGUGCCUCAAGCACCGGACGAUGCAGAUCUCAAUGUUAGAAUUGCUGUGGCUCAUUACCCUGUCUUAUCUAAGGGUGUUUAUGGGAAACAGGUAAACAAUGCGUUACAUCCAGACAUAUACUUCUGCGCUCACGAACACGUGUCCAAGUAUGUGAAGCAGCAGAAAGACUUUUCCUCCAAACACACAUAUUUGCUGCAGCGCGGAGCUCCAGUGUUAGAAGUGUCCUUCGACGAUGACAGCAUGUACGAAAUUUUUGUUCCAACCUGUUCAUAUAGAAUGGGCACUAAUAAAAUUGGAUAUGGAGCUGCUAUUUUAGAAAGCCAGCACAGCCUUAAAUAUACUGUGUUCUGGUCACCGCAGAGGUUCCCACACCUCCUGGCUUACCUUGUUGUGGUGAUAAUAGUAAUUAGCUAUGUAGGCUGCUUCGCUCUGAUGAGACUGAUAUCUCGCCAACCCCGACUAGUCCGGAAUGACGACAUUCUACCUCUUUUACAUCGAAAGUAAUUUAUCUUGAGCGUUUAAAAAGGAAUUCAGCUGGAACCUUGCCAUUUAGUAUUAUUAAUCCAUUGUUAUAUUCGAUUUUUACUAUAGGUAUAUGAUCUAUUUUCGGAAGCCUAUUUAGCUGUGGUUGUAGUCUUAGGUGUUCAGACAGGUACGAUUGUAUGUAAAACUAAAAGUAUCAACAAAAUAUAUAUUUUUUUUAUAAAAAUUUCUUUAUUUUGACAUUGAGUUAGGCUUUAGGUUAACAGGUUUAGAUGUCCUUGUAAUUAACAAUGCUUUUCUGUUAUGCUGACAUUGCUUUAGUAGUACACACUAUAGUUUGGCAAGUUCGUUGGUAACACUCCCAUGAUAUGCGGGCGACGUGGGGAAAGACUGCGCGGGUGUGAAUUUGUGCGUGCGGGGUCGUGGGUUUGUCGCUACACGCCCCCCGGCCCGCUAGGAACAUCGGGAGUGUUACAAACGAAGUUGCCAAGCUAUACAUAUUUGUCUUACUAGCUUACUACUACAUCCAAAGUCAAACUGUCUUCUGUAGAUAUAAUACUUAUUACAUAGAAAUCGUUAUAACAAUCCUAUAGAUAGAUACACCCAUCCACUGGUGUCUGUUGAUGCUGGAUAGAAAACUACAGACACCAGUGUCACUGUAGUGUCAGUGUCAGUUACACCAGUCACACUGUAUACCUUAGUGUUGAGUAUGGCAAAACUUUGAAAUAUGAAACAUUUAUACAACAACAUACUCCAGUCAGCACAUUAACUUUAAGUAACUUUUGUGGACAAUACAUUCACGAAUUUUACCAACAAGCUAUUGUUAGUAAUUCUCAAGUCAUGUGACUGAUAAAAAUUGAGAUUUUAGGUAAAAAAUGUCAUCCGGUGGUUAACAACCCUUUGUGGAUAUCAUAGAGUAGGUAAUGGAUAUUGCCCAGUUGACAUUGUGUAUUUUGUUAACAACAAGAUAUAAGGUUAUCAAAAAAUGUGGUUCUUAUUGAUUUGAUGUUAACUGAAUUAGGUAGCUAACAUUUAUGUCAAAGUUAGUUAGUGAAUUGUCCAGUUGUUAUCAAAUAUAAGACGUAAUGUAGAUGAAAGUCACAAAGUCAGAUACAGGGAUUAUAUUUGUCUUUAAUUUUAUAUGUCAUGUAUAUGUAUAUUGCUUUUAUAUUCACAUUUCUAUAGAAUUGUUUUUUAUAUAUAUGUAUGUUAAAAGAUAUAUUGAAAGUAGAUUGCAUAGAAAACUCCUUGCCAAUAUAUUCCAAUGCUAAUUAAUUCAUAUUUAGCAUAAUGUAUGACAUUAUUUUACAAUUUUUUUUGGUAAAGCAAGUAAUUAUAAAUUUGUAUAACAUACAAUAGGCUUUAAUAAUAUUUUAUUAUAAAAUAAAACUAUUUUCUUACAAAAA